AUGGCAAUGGCAUCUUUAGCUGCUGAAGCCUCUUCUUUCUCCACUCCUCCUUCACCAAGAUCAUGGACCUAUCACGUGUUCUUGAGUUUCAGGGGUGAAGACACUCGCACAGGCUUCACUGAUCAUUUAUGUGCCUCGCUUGAAAGGAAGGGAAUCACAACAUUCAGUGAUGACAAGGACCUUGAGAGAGGUCAAGUUAUCUCUCUUGAACUCCUCAGAGCAAUUCAAGAGUCUAUGUUUGCCGUCGUUGUUCUCUCGCCAAACUAUGCUUCCUCUGCUUGGUGCUUGGAUGAGCUUCAAAAGAUUGUUGAGUGCAAACACAACCUGGGACUACAGAUUGUGCCAGUCUUCUAUGGUGUUGAGCCCUCUGAUGUGAGGCACCAAAAAGGAACAUUUGCUGAAGCUUUCAGAAAACAUGAACACAGAUUUGGAGAAGGCAGUGAGAAGCUUAGAAGGUGGAGAGAUGCUUUCACACAAAUUGCUAGUUAUUCUGGUUGGGAUUCCAAACAUCAACUUGAGGCAAGAUUUGUGGAAAGCAUUUCUGAACACAUACAUAGAAAGCUAAUUCCGAAAUUGCCAUCUUGCACUAAGAAUCGUGUUGGGAUUGCUUCAAGGUUGGAGGAAGUGAUUAAUCUCAUAGGUAUUGGGUUGAAUGAUGUUCGCUUUGUAGGGAUAUGGGGAAUGGGUGGCAUAGGAAAGACAACUAUAGCGAGAGCAGUAUAUGAAGCCAUCCGAGGUGAAUUCAAAGUUUGUUGCUUCAUGCGAAAUGUUAGAGAGUUGUCUGCAAAAAAUGGUUUUGUUCAGUUGCAAAGAGACCUUCUUGCGUGUCUAAACAUAAGUAGCUAUUUUCAUGACAUAGAAGAUGGAAAAACAACGAUAAAAAGUGCUUUGUGCAAUAAGAAAGUUCUUCUUGUUCUUGACGAUGCAAGUGAGCUAAACCAAUUAGAGAAUUUAGCGGAGAAUCAAGAUUGGUUUGGACAAGGAAGUAGAAUAAUAAUCACAGCCAGAGAUAUGCACUUGCUAGAUAUACAUGGAGUCCAUGGAACUUAUGAAGUUAAAGGGUUAGAUCAAGAAGAAGCUUAUAAUCUGUUUUGUUUGAAAGCCUUUAAACAACUUGAACCUAAAGAAGGAUAUUCUUCUCUGUGUAAAGAAGUAGUGAAAUAUACUAAAGGUCUUCCUUUGGCAGUUGAGGUUUUAGGUUCCUAUCUAUAUAGAAGAAAUGCUGACUUUUGGCAUAGUACCAUUAGAGAAAUAAUGAAUUUUCCACAUUUUGAAGUUCUCAAUGCGUUGAAAAUAAGCUACAAUCAUUUGAUGACAACAGAGAAGAAUAUUUUUCUUGAUAUUGCUUGUUUCUUCAAAGGAAUGAAAAAAGAUGAGGCAAUACAUAUAUUAAGAAUGUGUGAUUUUUAUGUUGGAGUUGGAAGUGAUAUUGGAAGCGGAAUUGUUACAUUGAUUGAUAAAGCUUUGGUAACUUUAGAUCAAAAUAAUAAGUUAGAAAUGCAUGAUUUGCUUCAAGAAAUGGGGAGGCAUAUUGUGUAUGAAGAAUCUCCAAGUAACCCAGGCAAGCGUAGCAGGCUGUGGUCUAAAGAUGACAUUCAUCAAGUGUUGUCAAAUGAUCUGGGAACAGAAGCUAUUCAAAGUAUGGUUCUAAACUUUGGACAUGAUAAAUUUUAUUGGUUCCGGAGUAAGCCAUUCUCAGCACAUUGGAGCAUUGAAGCUUUCUCAAAGACCACACAGUUAAGAUAUCUCAGUUUACCAUACAUGGAACUUCCCCUUGGCCUCAACCACUUCCCUAGUUCAGUAAGAGUUCUGCAUUGGGAUUUUUGUCCUUUGGAAACUCUCCCCUUGUUAAAUCAACAAUAUCAAGCUGUUGAAAUCAAAAUGCAACGUAGCAAUCUUGAACAAGUUUGGCAUGGAAAAAAGUUUUUGGAAAAGCUGAAGUACCUGGAUUUGAGUAGCUCCCGCAACCUAAAGCAGACACCUGAUAUUUCCGGGGUUCCCAUUCUUGAAACACUUGAUCUCCAAGGUUGUGAUAGCCUAACUGAAGUUCACAUAUCCCUCAUACACCACAAGAACCUUGUUCACUUAAAUCUAAGCUACUGCGAAAUGCUUAAAACUCUUCCAGGUAAAUUAGAGAUGAGUUCCUUGAAGGAGUUGAUCAUUGAGCAUUGUCAGAGUUUUGAAAAUCCCCCAGAGUUUGGAGAAUGCAUGAGAAAAUUGUCAAGACUUUCUCUAAGUGGAACUCCUAUAGGGAAGUUACCCUCAUCACUUGGAAAUUUAGUUGGCCUUGAAGAUUUGAACAUAAAGGGUUGUGGAAAACUUGAUUCUGUUCCUGAUACCAUUCAUAGGUUAAAGUCCCUCAAGAACUUGGAUCUUGGCUCUUGUUUUAACCUUCAUGGAUUGCCAUCUUCAAUGUCAAGCCUCCCAUUGCUGAGUAAUCUAAAUUUGAGUGGAUGUUACCAGAGUGAAAUAUCUUUCUCUCAUGAUCUAUUUUGCUACUUGCCUUCAUUGAUGCAUUUGGAUCUAAGUGGUCACUGGUUUGCUAAUAUCCCAAUAAGCAUUCAUGAACUCUCCAAGCUUAGGUCCCUUAAGCUAAAUGGAUGUCGCCGUCUUCAGUUUCUGCCAAAAAUUCCAUCUAGUAUUAGAGAAUUAGAAGCAUAUGGGUGUAGAUCACUGAACAUAUUUGAAUCCAAUGUUUUGUCAACCAUUUUCACUGCCUUUAAAUAUUCUAGUGGCCAGGAUCAAGAAAAUCAAGGUGUGGUCUUGGAAAUGCUAAUCCCAAGUACCGAAAUUCCAUCUUUGUUUGGCCACUUUCCUCUGAAGGAUUACCAUUCAGCAAUAGUCCCAUAUCCAAGUGUUUGCCGUUGGAUUAAAAAUAUAAAGGGUAUUGCAGUAUGUUUCCUGUUUUAUACAAAGUUUUGGGGAUUUGAUAAAUCAGUGAAGUUGAAUUUGUCUGUUAGCAAUGGUAAUAGGUGCAUCAUUCCUUGGAGAACAUAUAGAAUGUGUGAUGGCUAUCACCUUUACAUUCUCUGCUUGACCAAUGAUUACUUCGGGGAAGAAUUUCAACAAGAUAUGGUGUUUAAACUAUUGCUUCGGCCGGAGGUUGAGUAUGGUGAAUAUGAUUCUGAAGAGUUUGAACAUAUUCCUUGUUAUCAAGCCAAAGUAUUGAGCACUGGCUUGGCGUGCAUCAACGAGAUUGAAGAUUUGAACCAAAGUGAGAUUGAAAGGCAAAGAAAUGAAGGACAGAGUCUGUUUGACUUGAACAAAAGCAUUGAGAUAAUGGAUAUAUGUGAGUGA